UGUCACGAGCAGACCCCGUGACGCUGGACUAGUCUACUUCGUCCUCAUACCAGCUGCCUUCGUGCUCAAUCUGCAUGCUCGCAGCUGCAAUUGACAAUCAAUCAUCUCUGUAUCUAUCUGUCAUCUCUGUCCAACCUCCAGGUCUCCCCAUAUCAAUCGAAUUAAACGACAGUCAUGCCCGGCUCAGACACGAGCGACGAGUUCAAUGAUGAUGUCUUUAUCGUUGACAUCGAUACCAUCCAAGCCCAUGGCAUCGGAGUAGCGGAUAUCACGAAGCUAAAGACGAAUGGGUACUAUACUGUUGCUGUAUGUAUUGUCCGGUCUAUUAUUGGAAGUUUAAAGAGAGCCUCGCUGUUAACCUGCUCAGUCUGUUCACGGUGCUACCCGCAAGAAUCUGUUGAAGAUAAAGGGAUUCAGUGAGGUCAAGGUCGAGAAGAUUAAGGAUGCUAUUCAGAAGA